CUUUGCUUUCGAAGACGUCUGUGAAGAAGAAUGACGAACGUCAUGUUGGCGGCCAUUUUGUUUCUGAUGACCUUACCAAAGAUGGCUGCCACAAAAAACAACGAAAUAACAACAAUUUCUCAGUUUGGGUAUCGCUUUCUCGACAAACGAGUUCUUCCCGAUAGAAAGACCAAUAAUUUGAAAGCUUGUUUUGACCUGUGCAGAGAAACAGGCGGAUGCCGAAGUAUUAAUUACAACAAAAAUAAAGGCAUCUGUGAAUUGCACAGUAAAAGUCAUGUUACACAUCCUCAGAAUCUCGAGAGAAGAACUGGAUAUAUUUAUACAGCAAUGCUUGACGUUAAAGAGUCUCAGCUACCAGAUACCAAGUACAAAACAUGUGCGAAGCUAAAACAGAUGAAGCCAUCUUCUCCCAGUGGAGUGUACGAGCUGGACGUGAAUGGUUCACCUAAGCAUGUGUACUGUGACAUGGAUAACUUUGGGGGAGGUUGGUCGCUUGUCGUGUCCAUCAGUGCAUCAAACAAACAGCAUUUAAUACGAAAUGCAUAUAACUGCUUCAAUUCAUCCCUCUGUGUUCCAUAUACCACGGGAACUCUCGUUGGAAGGAAAUAUUCAGACGCUGACAUCCGUGCAUUGGCUUCAUAUGAGGGUWCAUUUCGCAUCGAUGUGACUACAUCUUCAUCGAUUUGGUAUUAUAAUUUCUAUCGAUUUGCACAAGGGGCACAAGUAUUGGACUCAGCGUGUCGCGGUGUUGCAUGUCCCAGGAUUAUUGUGUCUUAUGUCUACCCUUAUGUCUGGGAAUCGAACUGUUUUGGUACAGAGAAGGGAUACCAGAUUGUAAAAUCUACAUGCUAUCGUGUAUUUGAUAGUCAUGACAAUUCUGAGUGUGGAGCAAGCUGGAGUGGCUCCCAAUACCAUGGUAAACGAAUUCUGUACGGGCACUGCACUUACAAUGGGAUUUAUCUUGCGCGGCAAGGAAAUAUAGAAACCCUUGAAUGCCGAAGUUGCAGUUACAACAUAAACGAUGGUUUCUGCGAACUGCACAGCAAAAGUGAUGUUACACAUCCUCAGAACCUCKCGAGAAGAACUGGAUAUAUUUAUAUACCAAUGCUUGAUGUUUUAAAAGAGCAAACACCUCAGUCUCAACCUCAGCUACCAGAUACCAAGUACAAAACAUGUGCGAAGCUAAAAGAGAUGAAGCCAUCGUCUCCCAGUGGAGUGUACGAGCUGCAAGUGAACGGUUCAUCGAAGCAUGUGUACUGUGACAUGGAUAACUUUGGGGGAGGUUGGUCGCUUGUCGUGUCCAUCAGUGCAUCAAACAAACAGCAUUUAUUGCGAACUGAGAAUAAUUGCUUCAAUUCAUCGUUUUGCGUACCACACACCACGGGAACUCUCGUCGCACGGAAGAAUUCAGACGCUGACAUCCGCGCACUGGCUUCUCAUGAGGGUACAUUUCGCAUCGAUGUGACUACAACUUCUAAGAUCUCGUAUUAUAAUUUCUAUCGAUUAUCCCAAGGUGCACAAGUAUUUGACGCAGCGUGUUCUGGUGUUGCAUGUCCCAGGAUUAUUGUUUCUUAUGUAUACCCCUAUGUCUGGGAAUCGAACUGYUUUGGUACAGAGAAGGGAUACCAGAUUUCUAAGACUGAAUGUCAUAGAGUAUUUGAUGGCCACGACAGUGUAGAGUGCAAUGGAGUUAUGUGGAUUGGCUCGCAAUUCACUGGUAAAAGAAUUCUGUACAAUUUCUGCGAUUACAACGGGAUCUACCCUAACCUACAAGGGAAUGUUUACGUUAGAUAAAAGGAAUUGACAGAAUCAUAUAUUGAGCGUCCUGGUCUCCUGAUUAAUCACUACUUUUCAAAGCUUUUCAAAAAAUGUUUUAGUGCAAGCACAUAUAAUAGAAUAUUAGAUUUGCUCUGACAUUUGUCCAUAUCACCAUAUAUAUUCUGUAUAUUUAUAGAGGGGUCUAGUGCACUAAGUUGUCAAUGUGAUGUAAUCAAACUGACGGCCCUCCUAAGGGCGUAUGAACAUGCGCAUUACUUG